AUGACAUUGCACACCGAAAAGAGCACGGCUGAAGAAGAUUCGGACAUUAUUGAAUUUUUAAACCGCAAAUUAGCAAAUCUUUCAGUGGCUUCCGAUGCUGCAGAAGUACUGGGUAAAAAUGACGAUGGCUUGCCAAUUUGUGAAGUUUCGAUGCUUUUACCACAAUACGCACAUGCUAUAUACAAUGCCCUCCAUUCACCAGUGCGACAAUUACGUCUCGCUGCAGUUGUAAGAUUAAGAAAAUAUUUAUCCUUACAAAACGUUGAUGAAAGAGUUGAUAAUGUCUUAGAACUGAACAUAAUACCUUUAUUGAUCGAAUUUCUAGAGACUUACAAUGAUAAUUUAUUACAAUAUGAAACAGCUUGGAUAAUUACAAAUAUUGCCGCUGGUUCUACCCAGCACACACAGGUAUUAGUCGCUGGUGGUGUAACGCAACAUCUUAUUAAGGUGUUGACUACUUCGACCAAUAUCGAAGUUCAGACGCAGAUCAUAUGGGCAUUAGGGAAUAUUGCAGGAGAUGGCGCUGUGUUCAGAGAUAUUAUUUUAUCCGCCGGCGUGCUGGAUCCUUUGCUCUACAUUCUUACACAUUAUGAUAGGUAUGAUUAUAUGGCUGUCAGAAUAACAGUUUGGGCAACUGCAAAUAUGUGUCGUGGAUGUCGUUGUUCGGAUCCUUCAUGGUCAUUGAUAACACCGGCCUUUCCGAUUCUUGGAAAUAUGGUGCAAUUAAACGACCCGGAAAUUAUAGCUGAUGCAUGUUGGGGCAUGUCUAGAAUUUUGAACGGAACACAUAAGCAUAGAGAACAUGCUUUAGUUAGCGACAGUAGUUUGUGUCGUCGAUUAGUGCAACUUUUAUGUGAAGAAAGUCUUUCUUCUACGGUGCAUUUACCGGUGCUACGUACAUUGGUGAAUAUCGCAUCAGGAGCAGAGAAACAAACGCAAGCAGUUAUAGAUGCUGGGGCUUUGACUGUCCUAACAUCAUCAUUUUUAACAAUAAAAAAUUUGACGUUAAGGAGAGAUGCUUGUUUAGCUGUAUCAAAUGUGGCGGCCGGUACAUAUAAACAGGUUGAAGCAGUGCUCACAGAACCAAAACUAUUGGAAAGUGUAGUCGCAUUGCUUUGGGAUAACGAUAUGAAAGUUGUUAAAGAAGCAUGUUGGGUGCUCAGUAAUUCCACAAGCCUACAUGAUCCUGGUCAUAUUCACAUAAUUCUUCAGCAUAACAUUAUUUCAUCACUAAUACAUCAUCUACGAAAUCCAUCAACGCCUUGUGAAAUAUUGAACAAAAUUCUUGACACAUUAGUUAAUAUUCUUUCCGUUGGCGAUGUACCGGGGACUGAUACGUUACCAGAAUCACAUAAUGAAUAUUCUGUAAGACUUGCAUCAUCGGGUGUUGUUGAGGCAUUAAUUGAGACAUGGAAUAAUGCCGGGGAAGGUGAUAAAAUUAAAGAAAAGGUAUUAGGUUUAUUAGGACGAUGGUUUUAUGACUAUUUACCGCGAAAUGAACAUAGUGAUGCGGUAGAAGAUGAUGGAAUAGAUAUUGCAUCAAUCGAAGAAAGAGUUUCAAGAAUGUCAAUUAUGGGAGGAGUUGACGUAUUUUAA